GUCUUUCCUUUGUAAAGCUUAAAGGCAUACACGCUGAUACCAAAUUAUUUUUUUUCGUGUGAAUUUAAACCAAUCUAAAUUUACAUACAUCUUUAUAUAGAUAAAAUACAAAUCUUCACCAAAAUUUGCUAAUUAAAUCCUAGAGAUUAAAUGAAAAAAACAGAAAUGAAACUAUUACAAAUAGGCAGCUGUUCUCGUGAAUAUUCAGGAAGCCGGAGUUCCUUUGACCGCUAUGCGCAUGUGCGCGGGAAAACUAACACAACGAUUGAAGAUGGAAGAAGAGAUAAGUUCAAGUGCAACUCCAAGUCCUGAGAGACGGCUACGGCCAAGACAACAGAGGAGAGUGGAAAUGAGCGACACAAGCUCAACUUCUAGUCCUGUUAGGCGUGGAGCAGUAAGGGGGAGAGGAAGAGGACGACCAGCAGGCAGAAGAGGAGCAAGGGGUGGACGUGGAGGAGGAAGAGGCCAAAGAGGCGGACAUAUAGGAGACGUAGCAGCAGCUGCACUACAGGACAGGCAGAGAAAUCUCCGAGUAUGUAAAUACUUUAUCAAGCACAUGUAAAUUGAUUUACAUAUCAUUGAGCUGUUCUGAAUUCAAAUGUGCUACUUUUGCAUAAUUUCAUUUUGAUUUUUUUGUAAAAAUAAAGUAUGUACUUGCAGGCGUGUAUAG